CACCCUUUGGAGGGGAGACAGAGACAGAGACAGAGACAGUGAGAGAGAGAUGAGGAGCCUUCUGUUUAUAUUACCAUUCUUGUUGUGCUUUCUUUCUGUGAACUCUCAGAAGGAUGGCUGUAGUUCCAAUCUGGCUCUGAGCUCAUCUCUCUCCUUCAACACCACUUCACUCAGUUGCCAAUCAGUUUGGAGCUCCGAAGACUUCAUCCUAAGAUAUCAGGAGACUAAGCCAGGGCUCUGGAGCUUCGUGCUGUCAGCACCAGACUCAAAUUCAUGGGUGGGGAUCGGAUUCUCGAGCAGCGGCCGGAUGCCGGGGACCAGCGCCGUCGUAGGCUGGCCGACGGGAAGCGGUGCCGGAAUGAUCAAACAGUACUCCUUGAGCGGAUACAGCCAGUCGGCGGUGCAGCCGGACCAGGGCGACCUGGACUUGGUGAACCCGGUGUUCGUGUCCGAGUCUUCGAGGGUGUACCUAGCCUUUCAGCUCAAGGCGGCCACGCCUCUGUCUUCGCUGGUAUAUGCAGUAGGACCAAGGGGUGAUAUUCCGGACGUCUUCGGAAUGCUGGACCAGCACAGAUCCUACGUCUCCACUACUUUGGACUUCUCCAAAGCGAAACGUCCUUCGGCGAGCCCAAAUGCGUCUGGAGGAUCUGAUGACAAUGGAUUCGAUUCCGGCAGCCGCUCAGGGGACUUCGGUGGCGGCUCCAGUGGCGGCUCCGGUGACGGUCUGCGCGACUUCGACGGCCGCUCCCGGACCUCGCUUGCCUCUGGAGGUUCUUCAUCUUUCACGGUGAAAAGGACUCACGGGGUUCUCAACGUCUUGGCUUGGGUCAUUCUCCUACCCCUCGGUAUCAUAGCGGCUAGACACUACAAGCACCAUGAUCCGAGCUGGUUCUAUUCGCACCUGGCUCUUCAGAUGACCGCGUUCGGCUUGGCCAUCGCCGGAUUUCUCACGGGACUUAGUUUACAAGGCCAGUUUAAUGUUGCAGACGGACAUAAGGUUCUCGGGAUUUUGGCCUUUGGCCUUGCUUGCGUUCAGGUUACGGCACUUCUGAUCCGGCCAGACAAGACAUCUAAGUUCAGGAGAUACUGGAACUGGUACCACCACUGGGUUGGAAGAAUUGCGCUUCUGCUUGGCUUGAUCAACGUCUUCUACGGCGUCAAAGCGGCGAGAGAACCAAAGUCGUGGUACGAAUACCUUGGCAUUGUUCUUGCAAUCUUAGGCUCGGGUUCAGCUGUUCUGGAAGUUAAGAGCAUCUACUCGAAAUAUUUUCAGUAGCCUUGACGAUUUGCAAGCUUGCUUUUCACCGGUUUUUCCUUUUUUCUUCCGUCCCUCUUUGUUAUCACCCCCGUCGUUAUGUACUUUUGUACUUCUUUCA